UUUGUUUUUUUUGCACUUCACCGGUCACGGUGGUGGUAGUGAUUGCUUUACGGUUCGUUUGUAAAUAAUCCGGACACGCGCAUCCGUAAUUGCGUAAGGAUGACAGACACGGCCUCCCUCGAGGACACUCUUCCCGACGUGGACAAGGAGUUCGAGAGGAUUGUCACUCUAAUCGGAGGUAAAGAGAGGAUUUAUUUGGUGGGGGACGUGUGUGAAAGUAAAGAGGCAGACGGUGAUGCCGCUGGAAUAAUGCAGGAGUUCGUCCGGGAAAUGUUUCCUGGCAGUCUGACCAACAUAAACGGACAUCCCACGUCCUCUCCGUCAAGCAUCCACGUCGACACUGCAGGUGAAAUUUGCAGCAGCACAGAGACUGUUAAAAAUGAUUUUCCAUUGACACCAAGGCCUAAGGAUUUGGAUUUGAAAGCCAGUCCGGUGAAGGUGGCGAGAAAGAAGCAGCCAACGACGCUCAGUGACAAAGCUCGAAGAACAGCGGCGAGGAGGCUCAACAUUUACAGCAAAAAGCGAACCAUAGACUCUCCCCUCAUAGUGUUCAUCUUCAGACAGACAUUUGUCGUGAAACGUUCAAACGAACUAUGUUUAAGAGAGAUCUUAAAGGACGUGAAAGCACGCACCAAACGUGCAGGAGUCGCCCGACCAGCUCUGAUUGGAUUAAUACGCACCAGACAGGAGAGCGCCGAGACGCUUCAGUGUGCGCAAAUCCUGGAGGGUCAGAUCCGCUCUGUGUUUCACAAGCAUUCGCCUGAGUCAGUGUGGGUCGGCUGUUUCAUCCCGAAGACAGAAGCUAACAUAAACAACAUCAAGAAAAACGUCUGCAAAGUGAUUCACUCAUCUCAAACAGCAGAUAAUACCAGGGAUAGAGAGAAGCUCCUUUUCUGGCCACUUCAAUGUUUGCUCUUGCCUCAGAGAGGGGGAGCCAGAAGCCAGCCCAACAACUCUUCCACCAGCAGGCAAAGAGGUGAAACUGGAAGUAUGGAGGAAUGCAUCCCUCUGAAAAUUGUUUCCUUGCCUGCUGGACCUCCUGUGAAAGGGAAAUCUGCUGGACAAGGCAGCUGAUGUUAUGACCCUAUAACCCGUGGCUGCGGGCAUAUCACUGUAGACAAACAUGUGAUAACUGUGAAGAAAAAUGCCUUAUAGUACUACAGAUUCGUAUUAAAUGUUACAGCGUUUCUUCUUGGUGCUCGAUAUUUUCCACACUGAGCCAACAUGAGUUGUGUCACUGUUGCCUUCUUUCUGUUUAAAGUAACUUUUAAUUGGUUGGAUAAGAACAAUUUCACAUAACUUUACAUCAGUUUUUCUUUGUUUGACAUGGGCCUCUAAUUCUGUCAUUUUUGGAAAUGUUAAUACUCAAAGUGGACGCACUUGAAUGCUCGCAACAGAAGUGCUCUUUUAACAUGACUCAUUCUCCGGCUAAGGGGCCGGAUAACCUUCUGGUCCCAGAACUCAAGUAGCCGUAAAAAGGUCCAUUCUUACUGUGUCUCAUGAAGUUUGGGCUAAUUUCAUUCACGAUUUAUAUCAGAAUACAGAUCACCUAAACAAAACAUAAAAUUGUAUAACAAAGGCCCCAAUGGGAAGGGGCCCAGCUAAAUUAUUCCCUGAGGCACCCAGUAGCAAAGUGAAUCCAACCUUUUUAUUGCUAAGUGAAAAUGUUUUCAAUUUUCAGCUUUCAUGUAUUCCAGUUAUGUGCCUUAGAUGAAUACUAUUGAAAUAAAAUUAUAAUAGAAUAAGUGCAUAACUGCUUUCACUUUGUAUGUAUUUAUAAGACUAAGGUCUGCACAUUCAACAUGUAAAUAAACAAAUUUAACCCUG